GAGGGAGGACGGGGCGGGCGGAAGACAGGUCGACGUUGCCCGGGCCGGUGUCUUUCUGCUCCUGCUUUUGCAACGCCGUCAUGGCCGCGGCUCUCCGUCCGGGCGCCUCCUCUGCUGCCGCCUGCCUAGCUCUGUUGCUCGGCUGUCUCGUCUUGCGCGGGGCUUCCGCGUGGGCGGACGAGAUGGAGACGGAGGACAGCGACGACACGGACCCCCACACGCGGCACCUCUACAACGCCGAAAUGCUGCGCCAUGGCGUCCAGAGCGCACCGCACUUCAUCAUGUUCUUCGCCCCGUGGUGUGGGCAUUGCAAGAGUCUUCACUCAACUUGGAAUGAACUUGCGAAGAAAUACAACAACAUGGAUAAUCCACAGGUCUAUGUUGCAAAAGUGGACUGCACUGCAGAUACUCCAGUGUGUUCUGAACAUGAUGUCAGGGGAUACCCAACUCUAAAAUUACUUAGACGACACCAAGAAGAUGCAAAAUAUCAGGGACCUAGAGAACUUGAGUCACUAGAGAAAUGGAUGUUGAAGACAUUAAGAGAGGGAUAUGAUGAGGAAGAACCUAAAUUGAAGCGAUCAAAAGCACCUGAUAUAAAGCAAGGUCUUUAUGAGCUCUCAGAAGCUAAUUUCAAGCAACAUGUAGCAGAAGGCAAUCACUUCAUCAAAUUCUAUGCUCCUUGGUGUGGCCAUUGCAAGGCAUUGGCACCUACUUGGGAACAGUUAUCUCAGUCCCUUGAACAGUCAAAGUCCGUCAAGAUUGGCAAGGUGGACUGCACACAGCAUGCUGCAAUCUGCUCAGAAAAUCAGGUGCGAGGUUAUCCAACUCUGCUUUGGUUCAGAGGGGGAGAAAAGGUUGACCAAUACAAAGGAAAGAGAGAUUUAGAUUCUUUGAAAGAGUAUAUUGAAUCUCAAUUAAAAGAUUCCAAGGAAGCCAUGAAUGAUGCUAAACCCACCAAAGCACCUAUAGAAACAACUCCUGAGGGCAAAGUUCUUUCCCUCUCUGAAAAAGAUUUUGAUAAAGAAGUAGCUAAGGGGAUCACUUUCAUCAAGUUUUAUGCUCCAUGGUGUGGACAUUGUAAAAACCUGGCUCCCACAUGGGAGAACCUCUCAAAAAGGAAAUUUCCAGGACCAGUGGAUGUCAAGAUAGCAGAAGUAGACUGCACUGCUCAACGCAAUGUCUGCAACAGAUUUUCUGUCCAUGGCUACCCAACACUCUUACUUUUCCGUAGUGGUGAGAAAAUAACUGAACACACAGGAGCCAGAGAUCUCGAAUCACUGCACAACUUUGUUCUGGGUCAGGCCAAGGAUGAACUGUAAAAUUGUACCUGCUUAGUUGCUGCUUCUUUAGCUGGGUCCAGUAAACUCUGAAGUUGAACCAUGGUAAUGUUAUUGGAUUUCCAAUAGUGGUUAUGCGGGAAACUGGAUGUUCUAAAAUGUGGUAUCGUCUAUGCAUACGUUUGUGUUUUCUAUUAUCUACUCUGCUAAACUUGAGGGAAGAUUACAACAAAUAGUAACUGUUCAAAUUAGGAACCAGUAUUUAUGGUAUUGGUUACAUCAAUGAAUUUCCACUUGUCCUAUGAUGAAAAAAUUGUGUUUUGAAACAAAAAUUAAGAGAAAAAAAGGCUUAACAUCAGGACACAUUAGUUUCACUGCAGAUAACACAUUAGUACAAUAUCGGCUACAUAAAAUUUGCAGAGUUUAAUCCCCAUUUGUCAACCUGUUGCAUCACUAUCUUAAUCUCCUUCAGAAACCAAAUUAGAAGAAAUUCUAAAGCACACAGACAGACAAACACUUAGGAAGCUAUCCCUGGCUAUUUGCUUUCUGUUGUUGUCUCCUCUCAUGAGGAUGUGCAAUGAAAAUUAAUGGUACUACAGAUGUCUAGAUAUUGGACGAUGCUACUUCUCAGCUAAGCUCAUACUCCAUUUAAUUAAAUUGAAUGACUUGGCUGUCUUCACGUAGAUUUGAUGUUCAUUUCAAUUCCAAAGAGUAUAAAUAAAAUUUUACUGGGUGAGGAUUGUCCCCUAUUUACAACCUGUCAAAUUCAGAUUAGCUAGGAUCCAUGUUUACAUAUGAACAAGUAAAACUUUAGAAGUCUAUGAAAGACCUUCUCUUUUCCCAGGUCCACAGUAACAAAGAAAUCAAACUUGCUUAUAGAAUUUUUCUAGAAGAUUUGUAGGUUUGUAUAUUCUCCAGCCCCAUCCAAUCUUGUUUCCAAUUUAGUAUGCCCUAAGAGAGAGAAUUAAAGCCAAAGAUUUUCUUGUGCAAGUAGUGAUACAAGAUCGAACUAUAGCAGCUAAAUCUUGAUCUAAUUUGCAUAUGGAUUAUUGCCAUCUUUACGAGUUACGGGUCAUUAUCUGCAGGUCUAUACAGAAGAUAUACAAUAUUCAUAGCCAUGUCUAGAUGCUCUGUUUUGUACUCUAGUUUGUCCUUCCUUCAUUUUUUGAAGGCUAGAGAAUUUGUCCAGAACAAAGCUGGAAAAAACAUUUGUGAAUUAUGGAAGUUAACUGAAAGGGCUAAUCACAUAAGGCAGAGAAAUCAACACAUAUUUCUGCCUUAAAAGGAGCUUUUAUUCAUUUUAAAAACCUAAAGAAGCACAAUCUUAUGAGCUGGCUAAGUUGUAAUUCAUGAGUUUCUUGUACAAAAUCAAGUGGUACAAUUGUUUACACAAUUUCUGAAUAAAUUUUUUUUAAAAAA